AUGCUACGUCUGAGACAACAUGUUCCCGCUACCUUCCUGCCGCACGGCUGGAGUAACCUGGUUCAAACACCAAUAAGAGUCAAGAACGCCCAAAUCAGCGUUACAACUAACCGAAAGGACAUUUAUACACCAUCCAGCAAAGACUCGCUCAGCGAACCGACGAUUCCAAUGCACUCCUCACAGCCGGCUCUCCCGUUUCCCACAGGCUUGUUCCCUCCUAACUCUUAUGAACAACUGCAUCCGUUCCUGGCAGUCGCAGCGGCUGCUGCUGAAGUUAACCAACCAAAAUUACAGGCGUAUUCGGCUUACUACGAUGCUGUAACGCGCGAAGCAAGUCAACGCUUUGGCUUUUAUCCAACGUCAUCUACUUUGGCAGCCGCAAUUAUGGGUACCACUAAUGUUUCGCCAAACGUUCCAUACGAACAUGAUGCAGCCAUCAUUUGUAACAGCUUGUCGUAUGCUCGACUAAAUACCGCACAGAACGGCCUGCCGCCUACCUCACCAAAUUUCUCGUCAAACUUAGAACCUUAUAUCACAACCAAACGGUCUGAAAACCCUUCGAACAAGUCUUUUGAAUCAGAUGAGAUGGAAAAAAUGGGGAAACCAACAAAGUCUCAAAGAGGGUCAAAAAGAAAUUCAACUAGGCUAACACAGACGUGGCCAUGCAACUGUUCCUGUCCACCAGAUGAUGAUGAGUGUUCACCAUCUACUAACAGUCGACACAACUCUGACUGUUCCUCACCAAUUCAUACUUCCACUGGCAUUGAGCAACUUGCAGUGCCUAUCGAUUCCCAUAACGGUACACUGCCUCCUUUUGAGUGUGCUAAAAGUUUCAUUCGCCGCCGAAAUGCAAGAGAGCGCGAGCGAGUGCGGUGUGUCAAUGCUGGCUAUGAAAGUCUAAGAAGGCGAUUGCCACUCAAUACAAUGCCUGAUCGAAGACUGGCAAAGGUGGAAAUUCUUCGCGGUGCCAUCAACUACAUAAAAGCCUUGAAGGAACUUCUGGAAAAAUGA